CAGGAAGUGACGCGAGCGAGUUCCGGUUGGCUGGGACCCCAGCGGCGGGUGUGAGAGUCGGUGUUGAGUGGCUUCUGGGACCGAGAGGAGCCGCAGCCGGAGGAGUCGGAGUUGGGAGCUCCUCAAGAGUUACUGAUCUAUGAAAUGGCAGAGAAUGGAAAAAAUUGUGACCAGAGACGUGUAGCAAUGAACAAGGAACAACAUAACGGAAAUUUUACAGAUCCCUCAUCAGUGAAUGAAAAGAAGAGGCGGGAUCGAGAAGAAAGACAAAAUAUUGUCCUGUGGAGACAGCCACUCAUUACCUUGCAGUAUUUUUCUUUGGAAACCCUUGUAAUCUUAAAGGAAUGGACCUCAAAAUUAUGGCAUCGUCAAAGCAUUGUGGUGUCUUUUUUACUGCUGCUUGCUGUGCUUAUAGCUACAUAUUAUGUUGAAGGAGCACAUCAACAGUAUGUGCAACGUAUAGAGAAACAGUUCCUUUUGUAUGCCUACUGGAUAGGCUUGGGGAUUUUGUCCUCUGUUGGGCUUGGAACAGGGCUGCAUACCUUUCUGCUUUAUCUGGGUCCACAUAUAGCUUCAGUUACAUUAGCUGCUUAUGAAUGCAAUUCAGUUAAUUUUCCUGAGCCACCCUAUCCUGAUCAGAUUAUUUGUCCCGAUGAAGAGGGCACCGAAGGAGCCAUUUCUUUGUGGAGUAUCAUCUCAAAAGUUAGAAUUGAGGCCUGUAUGUGGGGUAUUGGUACAGCAAUUGGAGAGCUGCCUCCGUAUUUCAUGGCCAGGGCAGCUCGCCUCUCAGGUGCUGAACCAGAUGAUGAGGAGUAUCAGGAAUUUGAAGAGAUGCUGGAACAUGGAGAGACUCCACAAGACUUUGCUUCACGGGCUAAACUGGCAAUUCAGAAUCUAGUACAAAAAGUUGGAUUUUUGGGGAUUUUGGCAUGUGCUUCAAUUCCAAAUCCUCUAUUUGAUCUGGCUGGAAUAACAUGUGGACACUUUCUUGUGCCAUUUUGGACCUUCUUUGGUGCAACACUGAUUGGAAAAGCAAUAAUUAAAAUGCAUAUCCAGAAAAUCUUUGUUAUAAUAACAUUCAGCAAGCACAUAGUGGAGCAAAUGGUGGCUUUUAUUGGUGCUGUCCCAGGCAUCGGUCCUUCCCUACAGAAGCCAUUCCAGGAAUACCUGGAGGCUCAGCGCCAGAAGCUUCACCACAAAAGGGAUAUGGGCACCCCACAGGGAGAAAACUGGUUGUCCUGGAUGUUUGAAAAGUUGGUCGUGGUGAUGGUGUGUUACUUUAUCCUGUCUAUCAUUAACUCAAUGGCACAAAGUUAUGCCAAACGAAUCCAACAGCGGUUGAACUCAGAGGAGAAAACUAAAUAAGCAGAGGAAGAUUUUAACUGCAGAAAUUGGGAUGAAUGGGUUCUCCCUUACAUUGGGAGGACUCUUAACCAGGAAGGAAAAUUCCCUUUUCCAACCUGUAUCAAUUUUAAAAAAUGUUUAUCCUGAAAGCAGUUUAGUUCCUAUUUUGCACUGACAUACUUUUCCUUUAUGUGUUAAGGUAAGGUAUUGACCCUCAAUUCGAUCCAUGUUGUAUUUUUAUUAGGGUGAAUGUGAUGUUCAGCCACAAAGUUAACAGAAACUGGCCUUCUGUUUAUUACUUUAAAAAGGUCCACUUGGUACAAUUGGAGAAUACUUGCCACACAAAAAGUUCUUAAGUAUGUUAAAUAUGUCGAGCUUUUUAGGCUUGUCUCAAGUGAUUUGUUUUUUUUCUAAGUCAUCAAAAUGUAUAUAAAUUAUAUAUAGAUUGGAUAACAGUCUUGCAUGCCUAUCAUGGUACAAUUUAAUAUGCCAUCCUACCCAAAGUUUCCUCUCCCAUCCUUAAAAA